UACUUUUUUAAAGGUUGUCUGGCAACGCUAAAUAAGGUGUCAUCUGCUAAACCCUCGUAUUUUGGACUCUUGUGGAAAAAUCAUUUUGGGCGUUACAGCGUGGAAUAAAGAUUGACCCAGUCGCGCACCUGGUACAGUAACCGCUUAAAAAUGGCUUUCAACUUCACAGCCUUCACCUACAUCGUCGCUUUGAUAGGCGAUGCAUUCUUAAUAUUUUUUGCAAUAUUUCAUGUAAUCGCUUUUGAUGAGCUAAAAACGGACUAUAAGAAUCCAAUCGAUCAAUGUAACAGCCUGAAUCCUUUGGUGUUGCCGGAAUAUUUGCUCCAUAUUUUCCUCAAUCUAUUGUUCCUACUGUGUGGCGAAUGGUUCUCGUUGUGUAUUAAUAUACCUUUAAUCGCAUACCACAUAUGGCGCUACAAGAAUCGCCCCGUCAUGACAGGCGCAGGACUAUACGAUCCAACAACGGUACUGAGUACAGAUAACUUAACUAAGAACAUGCGUGAAGGCUGGAUCAAAUUGGCUAUCUACCUAAUAUCUUUCUUCUACUAUAUUUAUGGCAUGGUUUAUGCGUUGAUAUCUACGUAGAGGUAAAGCACAUUCUAAUGAUCUCGAAAUCAAAAAGCUACAAUUAACAACAGCAACCAAUACAGCUCUUACUACAAGCCAUAUGAACAAACCAAGUAAUUAACAGCUUGGUUUUUGGUAGUUAAAUAUGCGUUGCACGAAAAUGAAAGUCUAUAAUAUCAAAAAGAAAAUGUACAUACAUACAUUUAACGAACUUCUACCCAAAUUGAGAUUUUUCAAACAUAACUAAAACAAAAUGGAAUAUAAAUCUAUUUAGUGAUCAUCUUAAAUACUUGCAUUGAUCACUAGCAGUUUUGUACAUUAAACAUGUGUAGAUUUAUCAACAUGAUUAAAAACUUAUCACAUUUUAAUAUACAAACUAAUUUUUUACUAUCUAAUCGCGUGUAGAUAAAAGUAUUAUGCGUACCAGCAGGGAGUGAUAAAAUGAACGUUUUAACAUUCUCUGGUUUCUUUAGCCAUACAGCUGAUUUUUAAAUAUAUGUAUGUAUUUUAAUACAUGCUUAGA